AGACUCGUUCCAAAAAAGGAUGGAGUCAUGGAGAUCAUAUAAGUUCUCCUUUUCUCAUGCAUGCGUCGCCAUUUCCAUCUUUCCCGCGUAAGUGUCCCUCCUGUGACUCUGAAUUAGCAUUUACGUUCACAAUUCACAAACUCAGCACAUAUUAACCCACAAACUCAGCGCAUACCAUAAUCAACAUGCUUGACCAAAAUUAUUUACGUGGUAAACAUGAUUCUUUGGCGUGUUCCCUUUGACAUUUCUGAGCCAAUAAUUGCGAACUGAAAGUUUAUAGCUGUAAACAUUGCCGACAUUUUUUGGUGGGGAAAAAGAAGGAUGAUUGAGCUUUCGAGCUGGGUCCUCGUCAAUCACUUUGAAGAUUUUUGAGCUGGGUUUUCAUCAAUCUCUUUCAACACCGCUUUUUAAGCUGGCAAGUGGCAACUGUCGGUGCCAAUCCUUUCGCUUGAUACAACCCUUUAGCAUUACCUUACCUUCUUACCCUUCCUCUCCCUCUCACUAUUCUUGCUUCAUUUAUGCCACUACAUGUGUCAGUCAGAGGUUCAGGUUUCGCAUAACUCAGUUGCUUUCGAAGUACUGCUACUGUUUCAUUUGGGUACCUAAAUUAGAUUAGAUACCUUGGUGCCAUUUUUGAGAAACUUGUGACGAAAAAAACUGAGGCAAUUCUGCAGUGACACGUAUAAAGAGUGCUUUUGGUGUAAAGAUAGCUGUAUUGGGUUGUUGACAAUCAAUCAAUUCGAUUUUAUAGAUUUGAUGUUGAGCUUCUGCAUGUUGCGGUUACGGUAGAAGGGUGGUGGUUUUUCGUUCAGAAAAAUGAUGAGGGGAAGAGCUGAUGAAAACCAAAAGAAGCGGUUGGUUACUUUGAUAUUAACUUUAGUGAUCUUUUGCGGUUUUCUUUACGUGUAUUCUCGCAAAGACGGUUCAUCUGCUUUAGAAUAUGGCAGUAAAUCUUUAAAAAAAAUUGGUUCUUCUUAUUGGAGUGGGGAUGAUGAUGCUGAUGAAUCUUCCUUCAAACCUGGUGAAGAUGGAGAGGAUGCUGUCAUGCUAAAGAGCAUUCCAGUUUGUGAUGAUCGACUGUCGGAGUUGAUUCCUUGCUUAGACAGAAAUCUCAUAUACCAGACAAGGUUGAAGCUGGAUCUGUCCCUGAUGGAGCACUACGAGAGACAUUGCCCACUUCCCGAGAGACGCUAUAAUUGUUUGAUUCCUCCUCCACCAGGGUACAAGAUACCAAUCAAAUGGCCAAUAAGCAGAGAUGAGGUAUGGAAGGCAAAUAUACCUCAUACCCACCUGGCAACUGAGAAGUCUGACCAGAACUGGAUGACUGUCAAAGGUGAAAAGAUUUCCUUUCCUGGAGGUGGAACUCACUUCCAUUAUGGAGCUGAUAAGUACAUUGCAUCAAUUGCUAAUAUGCUCAACUUUCCAAAUAAUAAUUUAAACAAUAAGGGAAGCAUCCGGACAGUCCUUGAUGUUGGCUGUGGAGUUGCCAGUUUUGGAGGAUACCUGCUUUCCUCUGAGAUUAUUGCAAUGUCAUUAGCACCGAAUGAUGUUCAUCAAAACCAGAUCCAGUUUGCCUUAGAGAGAGGAAUUCCUGCAUAUCUUGGUGUUUUAGGCACAAAGAGACUCCCUUGGCCAAGUAGAUCUUUUGAACUUGCACAUUGUUCCCGCUGUAGGAUUGACUGGAUUCAAAGGGAUGGCAUCCUUCUUCUUGAGCUGGAUAGGUUACUUAGACCAGGAGGUUAUUUUGUCUACUCAUCUCCGGAAGCUUAUGCACAGGAUGAAGAGGACCUGAGAAUAUGGAAAGAAAUGAGUGGCCUUGUGGAACGCAUGUGCUGGAAAAUAGCUGCUAAAAGGAAUCAAACUGUUAUUUGGGUCAAGCCCCUGACUAAUGAUUGUUACAUGGAAAGAGAGCCUGGGACCCAACCUCCCCUCUGCAGAUCCGAUAAUGACCCGGAUGCUGUGUGGGAUAUGCAUAUGGAAGCUUGCAUCACACCUUAUGCCGAAUACAACCAGAGAGGAAGAGGAAGUAGUUUGGCUCCUUGGCCAGCUCGAUUAAUAACUCCACCCCCACGGCUAGCUGAUUUCGGAUAUUCUAAUGAAAUGUUUGAAAAGGACACAGAAGUUUGGCAACAAAGAGUUGAGAAUUACUGGACUCUUUUGAGCUCGAAGAUCAAGUCUGACACUCUGAGGAACUUGAUGGACAUGAAGGCAAACAUCGGUUCAUUUGCAGCUGCUCUGAAGUACAAAGAUGUAUGGGUCAUGAAUGUGGUGCCAAAAGAUGGACCUAACACUCUGAAGAUAGUGUAUGAUAGAGGCUUGAUAGGCACAGUUCACGACUGGUGUGAAGCCUUCUCGACCUACCCACGAACUUAUGAUCUACUUCAUGCUUGGACUGUCUUCUCUGAUAUUGGAAGGAAAGGCUGCAGUGUCGAGGACCUAUUGAUCGAGAUGGAUCGGAUACUUAGACCGAAAGGUUUCGUUAUUGUCCGUGAUAAGCGAUCAGUGGUGGAGUUCAUAAAGAAGUAUCUCCAAAUGUUACACUGGGAGGCAGUGGCUACAACUGAUGCAGGCCGAGACGUGUUGCAAGAUGAUGGGGAGGAUGAUACAGUUUUGAUGAUCCAAAAGAAGAUGUGGCUUACAAGUGAGAGCCUCAGGGAGUUGGAAUAGCAUGAAACAUAGUCAUGCAUGGCUACUGAGAUGACCCUAACAGUGCUCACCCACAUAAUUAUAUUCUUUCUGUAUAUGGACAUUGGAAGUUUUUUUUUUUUUAAUCUUUUUCAUUAGGAAAGUAGGAGGGCCCCCAGGGUAUUAUAAUGAAAUUGGCUUUACGAAGAAAUUCUGAAAGAGCUUGUAUGUUAGUCAUCUCUCCAUUUUCUUAGUCAUCUUUCCAUCGGACUAAAACAUGAAACGCUUUUUUUUUUUUUUAGUA